AUGAUUUGGGAUUAUCACUGUCCUAUUAUUGUCAUGAUCACAAGAAUUCUUGAAGCUCAACGUUCCAAAUGUUACUUAUAUUGGCCAGAUGUGGAAAAUCAAAAACUCUACUUUAGUUCUGGCCACACAGGUUGUCUCUAUGCUCCUGCUCCAUCUGAUCGAUCAAAUAAUAGCUUUUCGAAAUUUAGUAAUAAUAAUGUUACUCCGGAUUUUUUAAUUGAAAAUAUCAAGUGUGAAAGUAAUGGGAAUUUUGCUCAGACAACACUACGAAUAACACAUUUACAGCUACACGAAGUAAGGACUGUUGAACAUUUUGCUUUCUUUUCAUGGCCUGAUCAUGGUACACCUCAAACAACUGAAGGUUUACUAGAUUUACUCACUUCCGUUCAAUCAACUUAUUUGAAUGAAAUUGAAAAAUUAGGCUAUAAAACCUAUGAAAAUCAGAAAAUUCCACCUCCUCCAGUCGUUGUACACUGUAGUGCAGGAAUUGGUAGAACAGGUACUUAUGUAACUGUGGAUAUAUGUACAAAAUGGUUAGCUGAUUCACGUAAUACUGAGCAUAAAAUCAAUAUUCCUCUAACAGUCGCUCGAAAUUUCAAUGAUGAAAGUAGUAUAAGCUAUCCGGAUAGAUUUCAAGAUGUAAUCGAUGGUUACUUAUACAACUAA